AUGGUUAAGGAUAAUGCAGUGAUUGUGUUUGGGAAAAAAGGUUGCUGCAUGAGUUAUGUAGUCAAACGUUUGUUACAAGGCUUAGGCGUGAAUCCGGCUGUGUACGAGGUUGAUGAGGAGGACGAGAAUGCAGUUGUCGUUGAGCUCGAGGGGAUUGGGGCAGGGGACCGGAAAGAGCGCCGGAUGCAGUUUCCGGAGGUGUUCAUCGGAGGGCGGUGGAUUGGAGGGCUGGAGCAGAUCAUGGCUACUCAUAUUACAGGAGAGUUGACUCCUCUAUUGAAGCAAGCUGGUGCUUUAUGGUUAUGA